GACAGUUGACAUUGAAAUGUCAGGGCAACUGACAGCAUCCAAAAUUAAAACAAAUUAAAAAUAUGUUGGGGUAUAUAUAACAUGAAUAAUGAAAAAGGGUAUUUAGAUGUAGAAGUAAAAGAUGACAUCGAAUGGAAGAAAUUCCAAUUGAAUCCUAUGGUAACAGUAAAAUUAACAAACCAACAAUGUUUACUUCAAAUAAAUGAAUUGAAAAAUUUAGUAUCAAUAAAAAUAGAAUAUAGAGAGUCCAGUACGGAUGAGCCUAACGAAUAUUUAGUGAAUCUCAGUGAUUUAACUGAUAUUAAAAAAGAAACAGGCGAUUGUGAUAUUAAGACUGAACUAUUAACGGAAGAAAUAAAUUUACCACCAAUAAAAAAUGAAUCACAUUUAUCAGAAGUUUUUGUUGAAUCUCCUACAGUUAAUCAACUUGUAUCUCAAGAUAGGAUUCUCAAAUAUAAUAGACGAGUUGCGAAAUUUAAGAAAAAGAAAAAACUCUUUAAUUGUCUAGUGUGUAUGAAAACUUUUAAAACUUCUUCCUCAAGAAAUGAUCAUUUCAACAAACAUUUUGGAAAUACUUGCGUGGUAUGUCGGUUAUGUGGUAAAUUGUUUGUUAAAAAAAACUCCUAUAUGCACCAUUACUUCCAGCAUUGCAUGCAGGUAAGAACUAAACGAAAGUCAUUUUUUGAAACCACCACAAAACAAUUUGAAUCUUUAGAAGAAAAAGUUAGAACUGACAAAUAUUCUGUAACAAAGUUUUUCAAAUGCGAAAGGUGUUCGAAGAUUUACCAGAGGUAUAAUUAUUUUGAGGCCCACCUCAAAAGGCACGAUACUAAUAAAUAUUUUAUACAAAAAAGCAGACGCACGUCAAAUCAUAGCGAUAAAAAAAUGUUCAACUGCGAUAUGUGUAUGAAGAAUUUCACCAGAUAUUGGAAUUUGAGGGACCACAUGAAGAUUCACACCGGAGAAGAACCGUUCGAAUGUCAUGUUUGCGGAAGGACCUUCCGCGCUAAACGUCAAUUACGUAGACACGUCCUAACUCACACAGCAGAAAAAUCAUUCGAAUGUACUUACUGUUCGAAACGUUUUACGCGGCGCGAUAAUUUACAUAACCAUUAUCGUAUUCACACAAAUGAAAAGCCCUUCAAAUGCGAUAUUUGUUCCAAGCACUUCCGUAUCAAACAUCAUUUGAAAAGACAUUUACAACAACUUCACGACGAUAAGAGAUUGCAUUGAACAUUUUAUGGGUUAAUGAAGAAUUCAAACAACUAAUUUCAGUACAUUGGAUCGAAGUCUUUGCCAGUUAGAUUAUAAGCGUUUUUGUAGUGGGAUUGUCGUAAAAUCAAACACUAAAGUGUACUAACUCUAAUAUAUUUCUAAGCUUUCCAAUACUUACAGCUUCCUUUGCCUUACGCCACACUUUUCUAUCUAUCCAAUGGUUUUCUUGGUCUUUUAUGGCAUGUUCAAUUCUUUCCUUCCCAGGUCCUUGAGGAUCUUCCUCGUUUUCUUCUAUCUGCGAUUGAUACAUCAAUGCUUUCUUUGGUCACCUGCUCUUCUCCAUCCUCAUCACAUGUUCGUACCAGAGCAGUCGUUUAGUCUGUAUUCUCUCUAAAGUCUUGUAUAUUCGACCUGUUCUUCGUCGUAUAUCUUUAUCUUGUGCUGGAUUCCUGUUGUUUCCUCCAAAAUUAUACUUCCUAGGUAUUUGAAUUGUCUGCUUGGUCUAACUCCAUUUAAUUCCAGUUUAAGGUCUCCUUGUGUGGUUCCUAAGAACAAAUGUUCUCGACAUAUUCACAUUCAAACCCCAUUCAAACCAGCUCUAAUAACUUGAUCGUCUGCGAAAAAUAGAGUUGUUAGAUAUUCAUCCUCUAUCUCAAGUCCCAUUCUCGCAAUUCCUCUUCCAAACUUUACUUUUUCAGCAAUCUUCUGGCUUAGUACCCAGACCUAAUCAUCGUUUUGUACAAUCUUAUCUUUGCUGCUUUGGAGAUUGCUUUUGAUUUUUUCAUUUAUUUUUCCACCUUUUACCCCAAUGCUGAACCUUCUUGAGUCCAUUUCCAAUCUACUAUAUAGUUUUUCUGGAGAUCUGGCUUAAAUUUGAUGCUUCCAGUGAUAGAUCAAACCUUGUGUCUGUAUUUGCGCUUUCCUCAUGAUUACCUUUAAUGUGAGGUUAAAAAGUAAAAUAGAUAAGAUAUAUCCCUGCUUCAGCCCUCUUUUUCCCUCAAAACUUUUUUCAGACAAUGCUCAAUUCUAAAGCCUCCUACAACUUUUUCCUCUUUAUUGUAUCACUUGUUUACAAUAUAUGAACAGUAGUUCUAGAGCUUGAUUAUUGCUCUGCACUGUUUUUAAGGUAAAAAUUUGAUCCGCUCCUCUCUAAAGCCUCCUUGAUAUUCUCCGGCUUCUUGGUCAUGAAUUGGUCCCAGUUUCUUUGUUAUUAUCCCGGACAAAACAUCCAGCAGUGUUAUAUCCCCGUCUUCUUCCCAAAUUUUUCUUAUCGGUCUGCAAAUCCUUUUAUGGAGUUUUCGCCUACCUAUUUCAAAUAUCUUCCCCGUGUACUAUUUUCUUCUCCAUUUUUAUUAUUUUUCAUUUUUCACGUUUUGUCUCAGUGUCUAAAAGUUAUAAUACUUCCCUUCAAUAAUCUCUGCCGUUUGUUGUUCCAUGACAUCGUUUUUUUAAACACCAUGUAUAUAUAAUAAUCAUCGUUAUUCGCAAUUUAGAGAUUUUAUAUAACCAAUCUUGAUAUGGAUCUUAAUGUUUAUUAGAUAACAAUUGUGAUAUGACAAACUAAUAUUUUAAUUUUUUUAUCUGAUUCGUAUCAAUUAUAAACCAAAAUUAUGGAUUUUUCUUUAUUUCAGUAAUUUUACUAAAGCGAAUUUCAUAGAAAAAUGUUUUUUUUAUAAAAUUUAAAUAAAAGUUUAAAUAAU